GUCAGCGGCACUGACCCGCGUGGUUGGGCACGUUGCAGCGUAGAAUCUUCCUUUCCUCGUUGCCCGGCCAUCUUGGUGUCACUCCUCUGGCAACGGCAGGGCCGACGUGAGCCGGCAAGAUGGUGGCCGCCAAGAAGACGAAAAAGUCUUUAGAGUCCAUAAACUCUAGGCUUCAGCUGGUUAUGAAAAGUGGUAAAUAUGUACUUGGAUAUAAACAAACUCUGAAAAUGAUUCGGCAGGGCAAAGCCAAGUUGGUCAUCCUAGCUAAUAACUGUCCUGCUUUGAGAAAAUCAGAGAUUGAGUACUAUGCUAUGUUGGCCAAAACUGGUGUGCAUCACUACAGUGGCAACAACAUUGAACUGGGAACAGCUUGUGGGAAGUACUACAGAGUAUGCACACUUGCUAUAAUUGACCCAGGUGACUCUGACAUCAUUAGAAGCAUGCCAGAGCAAACCAGCGAGAAGUAAAAUUAAUAGACUUUAAAUUUUGUGUAAUAAAACUGGCUAGAAAUCUA